UCUACCUCCUUCUUCGUAAUGCUGAGAUUCAUUCAACUCGAUGUCUUCACGUCCACGCCAUUCAUUGGCAAUCCCCUAGCAAUUGUACUGGUCCCAGCUAAAUCCUCGCUUUCCCAGGAGCAAAAACAGCUCAUCGCACGCGAAUUCAAUCUCUCUGAGACCGUAUUUCUGCACGAACUGGAGGAAAACACGACUGAAAGCACGUUUACGAUCGACAUAUUCACCACGACGGAGGAAUUGCCAUUUGCCGGACACCCUACCGUGGGCUCGGGGUUUUAUUUGCUGUCGCGCUGGCCACAUCUGGAGCAAAUAACGUUGCAUACUCGAGCUGGCGAUAUUCCUGUCGUUCGUGCCCCGGGAGGCGGAGUUCGCCUGAAUGCCCCGAUUGAUUUCAAAGUCCAUCCACGACUUUCCAUCUCUUCUGUGAAGGAACUACAGCCACGCUUAUGCGACAGUGACUAUCUAAAUGGCAUGUCGGGCUCUGAAGGGUGUGCGUCAGUCGUGAAGGGCAUGACUUUUCUAUUGCUUGCACUGUCCUCCGAAGAAGCACUUGCUCAACUCCAGCCUUACCCGACACGCCUCGAGAUUCCGGCUGCUGAAAGGACAAGUUUGGGUGAAUGGGGCGUUGGCUUCGCCGGGAUAUAUGCAUUCUACGAGGUCCCGAGCAAUGAUGGAUUGAUCUCAAUCCGGACGCGGAUGUUCGAUGGCCCGCUGGAAGAUCCAGCGACAGGCUCCGCUGCUUGUACUCUGGCAGGUUGGCUUGCUUCACAAAAAGGACCAGGGUUACAUGAGUUCAAAAUUAUCCAAGGCGUCGAAAUGGGGCGGCGGAGUGACAUCACAGUGGCGGUAGAUGUCGACGACAUGCAACGGAUCAAGUCAAUCGCAUUGGAAGGAGAGGCAGUCGAGGUCAUGGAGGGUGCGGUGCAUGUUUGA